UAGAUGAACGCCUACGCCCCAAUGCCUUAUGCUAGCGCUCCCAGUCCUUAUGCUGCACCCCCUCCAUCUUACGCACCUCCAUCUUAUGCUCCAGCUCCGGCAUACGCGUCUCCUAUUCCAUUGACACCUUUGGUCAUCUCCGACGACGCUGACGCUCUUGGUGGCGGUGGCGGUGGUGGUGGAGGUGGUGGAGGUGGUAUGGUCACCAAGUUCUUCGCUCUGCCACUGAUCGUCGUACUGCCAAUCUUACUUCCUUUCAUUUUGUUCCUUGUCUUUCUGCCGAAAUUUGGCAAGAAAUCUACCAAAGAUAAGAAGGAGUAUGAAGAUAUGAAACCUUACUACGAUGAUAACAUGAACAACUACCAAGAUUACGAAAGCAAUUACAUGGACGACAAACCGAAUAAAGGCAACCGCUAUAGACGUGAAGCAGAGAAGAACAAGCAAAUCUCAUCUUCCAAGUCAGCCCUUCCAUCGAUGAGCAUCGCCCAAGUCGAUCGAUUGACUGACGUCGUCUUUGCUGCCAUCAACUCGCAAGAAUGUAUCCAGCGUCUCUUGUGCGAAGUUGGAUCCCUAUCACGCUCUUUCUCCGACACGACUCAACAGGUGACCAAAGCUGUCAAAGACUUUGUUCCAGAAUCAAUCAAAGAUUCUUACGAUGUCUUCGCAAAAGCAGAAAAAUGCGAGCAGUACCAAUGCGGAUCCCUUAAAGUCAACAAAUAACUGUGCUUUUCCCCUAAUUUAAUUG